AGGUUACAACAGAUGGAAAACCAAAAAUCAUUGAUAUCAUAGAUACAACGGGAAGUGGUGAUGUGAAUACUGCGACCGUAGUAGAGCCAAAAGAUGGUGAAAUUCUUGGUCUUUCAGGAAGAAUGCUUAAGCUUUUUGUAAUCACUUUGUACAAAGAAGAUGCCACUAACAUAGGGUUACUAAGCCACCUGUGUAGCAAGACACCUGUGAUUAAAUAUUGUUUGAAUUUGUCAACCGGUGACAACUUACCUUAUUGUUUCAACACUUUAUUAUUGUUGUUACAUCAUGAGCUGUUGCAGGAACAUUAGAAUUAAGAAUCUCUGUUCUCUAAAGAAGGUUGAUAUGUUUUUGAAUGAAAGAUGUUAGUUUGUCUUCCAAAUUUUAAAUUUAACGUACUGCAAACAUUCACCUGAUUCAGAAAUGAUUACUGAUAUGCAGGCCUUUUAAAGUCCAUGGGUCUUUGAAGUCCUAUGCAUAUUUUCCUCUAUUUGUGAGAAAAUUUCAUCCAGAAUUUCCUACCAGGGGAAUAAUUUGAUGAGGGGCAUGGGGAUGAGUUGGUUAAAGAUAUUACACCAAUGAGAAUAGAUGAGUCAACCAACUUUGGAUCAACCAGCCUUAUAAUUAGUAGACAUUGAAAGCUGUUUUUGAUGGCCACGGGUCCUGUGAUGACAGAGCAUGAAUACUUCACAUUGCCCUGAUGGACAUUUCAAGUUGGUUAAUGGUUCCUGUGAGCUGGACAAAUCCCUCCGGCAGAUACCAUAUUGGCAUAAAAAAUGGCUAUGACUUCUAUCCAAAGGCUCUCAAGGAAAGGAUACAGAAAGAACGGAAGGAAAAAAUCUGGGACCCUGUUCACAGAGUGGCGCUUGCAGAAGCCUGUAGAAAACAGGAAGAAUUUGAUGUCACCAGCAAUUGCCCUUCCCAAGCAAAUAAACUACUCAAGGAAGAGCUCCAAAGUCAAGUGGAAUUACUAAAUUCUUUUGAGAAAAAAUACAGUGAUCCUGGCCCCGUAUAUGACUGCUUGGUGUGGCAUGAUGGGGAAACCUGGAGAGCUUGCAUUGAUUCAAAUGAAGCUGGGGACUUGAGUAAAUCCACCGUAUUGAGAAACUACAAAGAGGCCCAAGAAUAUGGUUCUUUUGGUACAGCUGAGAUGUUGAAUUACUCCGUUAAUAUAUAUGAUGAUGGAAACCUGCUCUCCAUUGUGACCAGUGGAGGAGCUCACGGAACACAUGUAGCUAGUAUAGCCGCUGGACAUUUUCCAGAAGAACCUGAACGGAAUGGUGUAGCUCCUGGUGCUCAAGUUCUUUCCAUCAAGAUUGGCGAUACGAGGCUAAGUACCAUGGAGACAGGCACCGGCCUCAUAAGAGCCAUGAUAGAAGUCAUAAAUCAUAAGUGUGAUCUUGUCAACUAUAGCUAUGGAGAAGCGACUCACUGGCCAAAUUCUGGGAGAAUUUGUGAAGUAAUUAGUGAAGCAGUGUGGAAGCAUAAUAUAAUUUAUGUUUCAAGUGCUGGAAAUAAUGGUCCAUGCCUUUCGACAGUCGGCUGUCCAGGUGGAACUACAUCAAGUGUAAUAGGUGUUGGUGCUUAUGUUUCUCCUGACAUGAUGGUUGCUGAGUAUUCUCUGAGAGAGAAGUUACCUGCAAAUCAGUACACGUGGUCUUCCAGAGGCCCCAGUGCUGAUGGGGCCCUUGGAGUGAGUAUCAGUGCACCAGGAGGAGCCAUUGCUUCUGUUCCCAACUGGACCUUGAGAGGCACUCAGCUGAUGAAUGGGACGUCUAUGUCUUCUCCCAAUGCCUGUGGGGGCAUUGCCCUAGUACUUUCAGGUCUGAAAGCUAAUAAUGUUAAUUAUACAGUUCAUUCAGUCAGAAGAGCUCUAGAAAACACUGCAGUGAAAGCUGACAAUAUAGAAGUUUUUGCCCAAGGACAUGGUAUUAUUCAGGUUGAUAAAGCCUAUGACUACCUCGUUCAGAAUACAUCAUUUGCUAAUAAAUUAGGUUUCACUGUUACGGUUGGAAAUAACCGUGGCAUCUACCUCCGAGAUCCUGUUCAGGUUGCUGCACCUUCAGAUCAUGGCGUUGGCAUUGAACCUGUAUUUCCAGAAAAUACUGAAAACUCUGAAAAAAUAUCCCUUCAGCUUCAUUUAGCUUUAACUUCAAAUUCAUCAUGGGUUCAGUGUCCCAGCCAUUUGGAACUCAUGAAUCAAUGUAGACACAUAAACAUACGUGUGGAUCCCAGGGGCUUAAGAGAAGGAUUGCAUUAUACAGAGGUAUGUGGCUAUGACAUAGCAUCCCCUAAUGCAGGUCCUCUGUUCAGAGUCCCAAUCACCGCAAUUAUAGCAGCAAAAGUAAGUGAAUCAUCACAUUAUGAUCUAGCCUUUACAGAUGUACAUUUUAAACCUGGUCAAAUUCGAAGGCAUUUUAUUGAGGUUCCUGAGGGUGCCACGUGGGCUGAAGUUACAGUGUGUUCAUGUUCUUCUGAGGUGUCAGCCAAGUUCGUUCUUCAUGCAGUACAGCUUGUGAAGCAGCGCGCCUAUCGAAGCCAUGAAUUCUAUAAGUUUUGUUCCCUUCCAGAAAAAGGGACACUGACUGAAGCUUUUCCUGUUUUGGGUGGGAAAGCAAUUGAAUUCUGCAUUGCUCGCUGGUGGGCAAGUCUUAGUGAUGUCAAUAUUGACUAUACUAUUUCUUUCCAUGGGAUUGCGUGUACUGCUUCUCAGUUAAAUAUUCAUGCAUCAGAAGGAAUCAACCGUUUUGAUGUUCAGUCUUCCUUGAAAUAUGAAGAUCUGGCUCCCUGCAUAACUUUGAAGAGCUGGGUCCAAACACUACGCCCACUGAGUGCAAAAACAAAACCAUUAGGAUCAAGAGAUGUUUUGCCAAAUAAUCGUCAACUUUAUGAGAUGAUCCUGACUUACAACUUUCACCAGCCCAAGAGUGGGGAAGUAACUCCAAGCUGCCCACUACUUUGUGAAUUACUUUAUGAAUCUGAAUUUGACAGCCAACUGUGGAUUAUAUUUGACCAGAACAAAAGACAGAUGGGUUCAGGCGAUGCUUAUCCACAUCAGUAUUCUUUGAAACUGGAGAAAGGAGAUUAUACAAUUCGACUACAGAUUCGUCAUGAGCAGAUCAGUGACUUGGAACGUCUUAAAGAUCUUCCAUUUAUUGUUUCUCAUAGGUUAUCUAAUACUUUGAGCUUAGAUAUUCAUGAAAAUCAUAGCCUUGCACUUCUAGGCAAGAAGAAGUCAAGUAAUUUGACAUUACCACCCAAGUAUAACCAGCCAUUCUUUGUUACUUCCUUACCUGAUGACAAAAUUCCUAAAGGGGCAGGACCUGGAUGUUACCUUGCAGGAUCCUUAACAUUAUCAAAGACUGAACUUGGAAAGAAAGCUGGGCAGUCUGCAGCAAAACGACAAGGAAAAUUUAAAAAGGAUGUAAUCCCUGUUCAUUAUUACCUAAUACCUCUACCAACAAAGACUAAGAAUGGCAGCAAAGAUAAAGAAAAAGAUUCAGAAAAAGAGAAAGACUUAAAAGAAGAGUUUACUGAAGCAUUACGAGAUCUUAAAAUUCAGUGGAUGACAAAGUUGGAUUCUAGUGACAUUUAUAAUGAAUUGAAAGAAACGUAUCCUGAUUACCUUCCUCUGUAUGUUGCACGACUUCAUCAGUUGGAUGCUGAAAAGGAACGAAUGAAAAGACUUAAUGAAAUCGUUGAAGCUGCAAAUGCUGUUAUUUCUCAUAUAGAUCAGACGUCCCUAGCAGUUUAUAUUGCAAUGAAGACUGACCCCAGGCCUGAUGCAGCUACUAUAAAAAAGCAUUGUUCUGGGCACGUGGAAUUCAGCAGAAGAAAACAAAGAUGCCUGUCCUGGAACGUAGUGAUUAAGAGCAGGGAUUCCAGAACCAGACUAAACAGCUUAGGAUCCUGGAUCUGCCCCUUCCUAGCUGAUAUGGACAAACAAAAAUCUACCCUCGUGGAUGCGCUUUGUAGGAAAGGGUGCGCCCUGGCUGACCAUCUUCUUCACACAGAAGAUGAGGAUGGGGCCAUUUCAAGUGACAUAGGAGGCCGGGAGGAGGAAGGAGAAAGCUCCCUGGAUUCUCUGACAGAAACUUUCUGGGAAACUACAAAAUGGACGGAUCUUUUUGACAAUAAGGUUUUAACAUUUGCAUACAAGCAUGCAUUAGUACACAAAAUGUAUGGGAGAGGCCUUAAAUUUGCAACUAAACUUGUGGAAGAAAAACCAACAAAAGAAAACUGGAAAAAUUGUAUUCAACUGAUGAAGUUACUUGGGUGGACACAUUGUGCAUCUUUUACUGAAAACUGGCUCCCCAUCAUGUAUCCUCCUGAUUAUUGUGUAUUCUAAAAUAGGAACCAAGACUUUAAAUUUUUAAAAAGUUUUAUAGUGAAUGGAUAUGAACAAAUUUGUGGCAUUUUUAGUCUAAUGCAUGUUUUCAUUUGCUAUCAAAUACUGAUAAUUAAAAUGAUGUGUAUUUAUCAGAGAAUUCACUGGUGUGUGGCUUAAUACAUGUAAGUCUAGACCUCUGACAUCAUGGUGUGUUCUUACUGCCUCACAUUGCUGGCACCAGGCUAUGUAUGCCCUGCCUGCCAGCACCAAGGACUUCAUUUGGGUUGCAGCUGUUACGUGCAUGAUAGGUUUUGAACAAUAACUUUUAACUGCAAACCUGUAAAAUUCUAUUUUUUAUUUUAUAAAUGAACAGGGUUUUAACAUGCUCAACUUUAAUUUUUUCAAUUGUGUGAAGGCCUUAAAAAAGCUACAUUAAGCGUAGCUAACUUAUUUAUUGGACUAAAAAGUAACAAUUUCAUUUCCAGAUUUUUUUUUUUUUUUGACAAACAUUUACGUUUAGUUAAGGGGAAAAAAAUAAAACUGGCACAAAUAAAUGCGUGGCAAUUGCUGGAGCAUAACUGCUUCAGAAAAUCUUCAUCUUGGAGUUAUUUCAGGCCAAUCACUUUUUAACAUCCUUUGACAUGCAGAGCCUCAGAAUGAACCAAUAGCACAUGUAUAAGUGCCAGACAGCUGAAUCUAUAUCAGGUAUUGUAAAGAUACACAUAUGUGUGUUAAUGAAAGUUGAAAUAAUGUAAACACAUGAAUAUGUGCAAAACCAAGGUCAUAGCAUAUCAUAUGCAGUCUGAUAUCUUAAAUUUUUUUAUAAAUAAAAGUGAAUAUUGAAGGUUCUUAAA